AUAAGUACUAAGCGUUCCCAGCAGUGCGUAUUUUUUAUUUACACGCCAUUUGAUCGUAAAUCCAUCUUAAGAUCUAAAGAAAGAAAGGCAAAAUUGCCAUGAUUGAAAAGUUUCUUUAAUUUUAAGAUUUGUGUAGAAAAUCAUGUGGUUCAUUUGGUUCGUUGUAGGUUGUGCCUCUGGCGUCAUGUUAACCCACGACUGUCCAUACGGUGAAAACUACAAAUCGUGCAUGUUUUACGAAGAAUACACUUGUUGGACGAACAAGGACCAUAAGGUGAGAAGUAGAAGCCCUGCCAGGAGACUUGACCACUGCUGGGGAGGCUGCGUUUGCAAGCGCGAAACAGUGCGGGCAUAUCCUGAUGGACCGUGUGUGGCAGCAUAUAGUUGCAGAGACCAAUAUUUUGUAAAGACACUGGCCAAGUUGCCCAUGGAUUUUGUUUAUUUUAGAUAAUAUUACAAUUGUUACAAAUUAGCAAAACUUUGCUUUGAACUUU